AUGCGCCUUUUCUCGAUUUCAAUACUUGCCAUCUCCCUUUCUGCCAUCUCCCCCUCUCGCGCAACUCCCUGUGAACGCGAAUUUCUUGCCUCCUUCACAUCUCUAUACCUCUCUGCACAAGCUCUCGGCACGCCCUCCCUCCUCACAAACACCAGCUCUCAAAUCGCCUCUAAUUUUUCAUAUACUGAAAACUUUCUUCCCCGCAACCUCUCGGCUCCUACCUCUAUUCUCUCGACGCCUUUGAAUAUUACAACCUCACGCUCGAUUCUAGACCCAGACCUCUGCAGCGCAUUCACAGAAAUCAUUGUAACGAACGCCAGCCAUCCGUACGUCAUUGGUGUGCGGGCAGAAGGGGAUGGCAAGGCUAUAUGGAAAGUGGAGACGUUGGUGAGUGAUGCAGGGGAUUGGCUGUUCAAUGCGACAGGAACUGCCUAUUGGAAUUCGUUGGAGAAUUGGCAGGUGAUUCCAGCGGAUCAGCGCGAUACAAGGGAGGUCAUCAAAGCGGCUGGCGAUGCGUAUUUUGAUCGCUUUGGAAAUGCCAGUGUAGUCGUGCCGUUCGGAACACCUUGCGCCCGCCUCGAAGGCGGUGCAUACACCGACACACAACGCACCAACACGUCCACUUGCGCCCUGGGUCUGCCGUCGACAGUGCACGUCGUUGACCGGCGGUAUGUGGUUGAUGUCGAGAUGGGAACAGUGAACAUCUACGUGGGCUUCCCAGGUUUGGAUAGAGCAAGUGAGGAGCCAGCACCCGACAGUCAUACUUUCCGGGUAGAAAAGGGUAUGUUGAGGUAUAUUCAUACAAUCUCGACAUGCGAUGGACACCCGGGAUGUGGAUUGAAUGGGACCUAUGUGCCGCUCAGGACAUAG